ACUGGUAAUAUGACAACGUGUGACCAACCGGCUUUAUUGUGCACCCGGCUAUCGGAUUGUUUUCUACACAAGUGAAAAAAUGUAUAUGUGCAUGUUCUAUAUUAUAGUAUGGACUGGCUAACGCGUGGUGACGUGCAAUUUAUUUAACAAAAUCAUUUAAUUACAAUGGCAUCAUUUUGGAACGUUACUACAGACGGUCGUAAGACGGUUGAGCGGAAGUUAAACCAGUUCGGUGAUUUCGAGGAUGUGACGAACAUGUCAGUGAACGACUGGGACUAUCGCUGGUCCCUCGGCCAAACGAAGUUCCACAUGCCCAAAGUGCAUCCAAUGCUGCAAAAACACAUAGAAAGGCUGACUAAAGGCAAGAACAAAGCGUCCGUUUUUGUUUCUCUCUGCGGAAAGACACUGGACAUGAAAUGGCUGUUGGACGAGGGUCAUGAGGUCAUUGGUAACGAAUGUGUCGACAGUGCUUGCAGGCAGUUCUUCGAAGAACACAACAUUCCUUACACCAGCACCCCUCUUACAGGGAUAGAGGGCGUCCUGUAUCAGGCCACUGAUGGAACUCCAAUAAAACUAUACCGAUGUGAUUGCUUUGAUAUUUCUAGCAAAAUCUGUGGACAAUUCGACUGCAUUUGGGACAGAGGUGGUUUUGUUGCACUUCCGGUGAAAGACAGAACAAGGUACGCCCUGGUGAUGGCAGACUUGAUGAAGAAGGACGGUCUAUACCUUCUAGAUUGCUUCCUUGUGGACAACAGCGUAUUUGGGGGUCCUCCGUUCAACUGUGACCAAUACGAUGUCAAACAGGCAUUUGGGAAACUUUGCAAAGUGGAAAAGAUUGAUACCGAGGACGCUUUUACAAAGUGGCAAGAGGCAUGGGGAAUUGACUCAUUCAUUGAAGAUGUUUACCUGCUAGAAAAGAAAUAGCUUCGAGAAAAUGUACUACAGAAAUGUAUAACUUCAUGUCUUGCAUUGGUGGGGUAAAGAGAAUCUUGACAAUGAUAACGGCUCUUUUUCGGCGUAGUUGUAUAAGAUGGGAUUUGAAAUAUAUGCUCUCUAUUUCCUCUGAACAAAAUACAUAUAUUAAAUUACAUAAUUAAGGCAUCAAAUAAUGGUAAUUGAACGCGGUGUGUAAAUGCAUGAGCAUAACAGUUUUUAAUUGGCCGAUAUAAACCAGUAAAAAAUCACCAAAAGUGUAGGUUAACUAGUCUUUAAACAACGGGAUAACCUGAAAGCCAUCGUUAAGAUAGCCCUCCCCGAUAAACACUAUGCAUGAACAAUAAAACAAUGCACAAAAACCAACUCACUAGAAUUACGGAAGUGUUGAAUUAGAAGAUUAUUCAUAUAAAACAGUAUUGAAACUAAUGGUAUUCAAGAUUGAAAAACUGAUUUGCCGUUUUUUCGUUUGAAUACAAAUUGUAUUAUUGUGUUCGUACAUUUUGACUUAAAAUGGCACGUGAUUUAAGCAAUACCUUGCUUGACUACCAUUGAAUUGUUUUUAAAAUGUGUGUUAUUAUCGUGUGUGUUUUUGCAAUUUAUUUUAAUUGUAUGCAAUCUGGUCAUAAUAGUAAAGAUUUAGUUUAUUUCAUCUUAGUUGAACACCAAUCGAUAAACCUGGCCCGUCUUCCAAACUCUUGCCAGACAACAUUGUUAUCAAACCCAAAUAUGUUAUUUUUGAAACUAUAUCUAAUUGGGUGUUAUAAUUCUAAUACACGGAACCAAAAAAGGGGAGGCAAAUGUAAAAGCAAAUGUAAUGUGCAGUUUACAAUUUAACAAAUAUCAAACAUUAUUGCAUCUCCACUGUUGGUUUGUAAAAAAUAUUUCUUUUUCGGCUACCCUUUUACGAGCAGUAUUUUUAUAAAUUAGCCUCAAUAAAUAAAAAAUAAGAAUUUAUGACAGUUUAACUGCCCUGCAUAGUCACGAUUUGAUACUGUAAAUAGGCGUGUACAUAAACUAUAUUUUGUUUUAAUAUUACUUCCAUGGUGGUAUUUUAACUAAGCUCUUGUGACUGUGAUAAUAUCACCAACACUCACCUAGUGGCUAUCAUGUUUAUCGUCUUCAUCUUAAAGGUUUUUGCUUUAACUUUUAGCUUUGUCAGUACUUUAAAUUUUUAUGAAUAAAUUUGUAUACAUCGUGA